AUGGAAAGUAGCCGCCUUUUAGCCGGCGGACUCACUAUCAACCUUCGUUAUAAAAAACAAUUUUUCUUUCAGAAUCAUGAAAUAUUUUUCCGAAAGGCCGAUCCACCACGAAAUAAUUACGCAAAAGCGACCGUGCUGUUCCUUCACGGACAAUCGUAUUCGUCCGCAACGUGGCUAGAACAUUCCACCAUGCAGAUUUUCGCUGCCGCAGGAUAUCGAUGCUAUGCGAUUGAUUUGCCAGGAUGUGGGAGGACCGGUGGACCUGCAGUGCCAGAUCCUGAGAAACCUGAGCUGCUUUCGCUUAUCAUACGACGACUCGAUCUAGAAAUGGUGAUGAUCGUAGGUCAUAGUAUGGCUGGACAAUAUAUAGUACCGUUGCUUGGUAUGGAUCGAAUUGUGUGUGUUGUAGCGAUUGCUUUAUCGAAUACGAACCUGUUAAGUGCAGACGAUGUAGCACGUAUCAAUACACCUGUCUUGGUGGUUUGGGGUGAUCGAGAUACUAGUCUUGGGCCGAGUUCAGCGAGCAACCUGAAACGACUACCUAACUCAAGGUUACUGAAGAUAUCGUCAGCCGGUCAUGCAUGUUACCUCAAUAACGCAAGCGUUUUUCAAUCGGCGUGCCUCAACUUUUUUGACUUAGUUCGACAUUAUUCAACUCUUUGA